ACGCUGAUGAUCAGUCGCAGUUUAUCCGACGCGCGGAGAGGUAGAGUGAAGAGGCGCGCUUGGUCGACGUUAAUUACACUAUUUUUAAACGGGUACUUAGGUUGCCCAUUAAUUUAAUGCAGUACAACUUGCUCAUGACCUGCUAAUCGAGAGUGUGCGAUGUGGCUUCUGGUGUGACAAUCUUUUCCGGAUUAAUUACUGCGAAACCAAACACGGAAAAUAUGAUGUGCAUCCAGAAACGUACUCUCCUUCUUUUUGCUCUCUACUUCCAGUGCUGUAUGAGUGCUCAACACAGCGUUUCUACGGGAAGUAGUCCCGUGAUAUCUUGCUUUAUCGAGGGCUGGUCAGUGCUCAGGCCUAUUGGUGCUGGCAAGUUCAGUUUGGAUGACAUCGACCCCAGUCUCUGCACCCACCUGGUCUUCCUCUUUGCUGGUCUCGACGACGACAGAUCAACCAUUUCUCUUGACCCAACAUACGACACUAGAGGAGCGCUCAGGCAACUCAUGGCCAUGAAGGCUCGUGUUCCCUCGCUGCACGUGACUGUGGCUGUCGGGGGAUGGUCUGAAGGAUCCGUAGGAUUUUCCAAGAUGGCUUCCUGGCAGCCCAAUAGGAAAGCCUUCAUCGACUCGGCUUUGGAAUAUUUGAGGCGUUACCAAUUGGAUGGCUUGGAUAUCUUCUGGCAUAACCCAGCUCAACAAAUUCAAGGAGGUCACCCGGAAGACAAGCGCAACUAUGUUACUUUAGUUAAGGAACUGAAAGAAGCUCUCAGGCCUGAAGGAUUCUCCCUGACCGUGGCGGUGAUGUCAGGCAAGAGCGUAAUCGACGAUGGCUACGACCUACCAGGCCUCGCCGAGCACGUUGAUUUCUUCUACCUGCUGGCCUACGAUUAUCACGGAAAGUGGGAAGAAAUUACUGGCCUCAACGCACCUCUUUACCCUCACUCGGGGGAAACGGAUCUCGACCGAACACAAAAUGUCAACUUCACGGUAUCGUACGCACUGGAGAUGGGGGUGCCCGCCGAAAAGAUUGUACUUGGGCUUGCACUUUUCGGUCGAAAUUUCGUGCUGGCGGACAGCAAGAAUCAUGGAGUUGGUGCUGCUGCUCUGGCAGGAGACCCUGCAGCCGGGGACGGACUCCUCACCUAUAUGCAGAUCUGCAAGCGAAUAGAGUCGGAAGGAAUAGCUUGGUCUCUCGCCCGUGAACAGGAGCAGCGAGCACCGUUCAUCUACCGCGGCACGGAGUGGAUCGGCUAUGACGACUCACUGUCUAUUACUGAGAAAAUAGACCUGGCCAAGAUGCUGCACCUGCGCGGAGUGAGUGCGUUCGCCAUAUCCACGGACGACUUCGAAGGCGAAUGUAAGGCCGGCAAGUAUCCGCUCCUCAGGACGAUCAACGCUGAGAUGCGAGAAAGUGGCGUCGAACAUAAUCCGUCAAAAUGUAGCGUGGUCGCGUCGAGUAAUGUGAGCGUGGCUGUUCUAUCCUGUGGAUCAGCGAAUGAUAACCCAGCAGAAUGUGAUGCUGGCGACACCGUCCCGCCUCAAACCGUCGUGCAAGCCACGUGCUUGGAGACUGCAGACAUGACUGCCAGAUGUCACGACGACGGAUUCUGGAGACCGUUCAUACAGGAGGACGGAUGGUUUGACAAGAAGACGGCCAUUCUAUGUCAGCCGUACGACAUCAAAUCGGAAGGGUCAAGUCAUGGCCAUGAGAAUAACGUGGUCGCGUGUUUCUACGAGAGUUGGUCGGUCUACAGGCCCGAACUGGGACAAUUCAACAUCGAUGACAUCGACGCCAACCUCUGCACCCACAUCAGCUUCUGUUACCUGGGCUUGAACGAACACACGUCAACCAUCAUGGAGAUCGAUGAAUACGCUAUUCAACAAGGAGCCUUGCAGAAGCUGGUGGCGCUGAAGGAAAAGAAUCCCUCGCUGAAGGUGACGGCUGCUGUGGGUGGUUGGACGGAGGGCUCGUCUAAGUACUCUGCUAUGGUGGCCUCUCCGGGCAAGAGGCAAACUUUCAUCACAUCCGUGAUCGAUUAUCUUCAACUUCACAAGCUGGAUGGCCUGGACAUAUCAUGGCAGGACCCUGGGGUGCGUGGAGGCACCGACCGAGACAAGAAGAACCUGGUGCUGCUGUGCCAGGAGCUGAAGGCAGCGACUUCCUCUCUAGGGUACCAAGUGAGUGUCGUGGUCAGCCCAUUCAGCUACAUCAUCGAUGGGGGCUACGAUGUCGCCAGGCUCGCCAAUACUGUCGACCUGAUCUACCUGGCGGCGUACGACUAUCACGGCAAGUGGGACGGAGUUACGGGGCACCCGGCGCCCCUUUACCCUCGCGCCUCUGAGGGGGCUGAAGACCAGCACCACAACGUCAACGGAUCUGUGUCGUACGUGCUGUCGAAGGGUGUCCCGCCUAAGAUGUUAGUUCUUGGUCUACCGUUCUUCGGACGAGCCUUCUUCCUGCGCGACGUCGAUAAGAACUCCAUUGGCUCCCCUAGUCUACAGGAUGGCUACCAAGGACCGUACACGCAGGAGGAUGGCUUUCUCGGCUACAAUGAGAUAUGCGAGAAGCUGAUAACGGAAGGCAUCCUCUGGACCGAGCGUCGACAUCCGGAGCACCAGGUUCCGUACGUCUACCGAAACAAUGUCUGGAUCGGCUAUGACGACGUCGUGUCACUCUCUGACAAGAUAAAGCUGGCUAAAGAUUUUGGCUUGAGAGGAGUGUACGCGUGGGCCGUGGACACGGACGACUUCAGAGGGCGCUGCGGCAACGGAAAGUUCCCUCUUUUGACGCAUGUCAAUGAGAUUAUGAAAGACGACAGCAAAAGUGCGAACAAGUUGCCGAGUAAGCGACCGCCAGUGGUGGCGUGCUUCUUCGCGAGUUGGUCCGUGUACCGCUCUUCCUUGGGCAAGUUCGACAUCUCGCUUGUGGACGGCAACCUGUGCACGCACCUUGUCUUUUGCUUCGCUGGACUGGACAAGGAAACUCUAACUAUCACUGACCUCGACAAGGAUUUUGUUCAGAAAAGAGGUGCCUACGCACAAAUGCAGCUCGUGAAGCGCACCAGCCCAGAUCUCAAAUUGACGGUCGCCAUCGGCGGCUGGACUGAGCGGUCCGAAAAAUUUUCCAAGAUGGCCGCCUCACCAUCGUUGAGGAAAACCUUCAUCGAUUCUGUCCUCGAGUACCUCGAGAGCAACUCGCUGGAUGGCGUGGAUAUGGUAUGGCAAGAUCCCGUAUUGCAAGAUCGCGGUGGCCAGACAGGGGACAAAGAAAACUACGUCAUUCUCUUGCAGGAGAUGGCAGCAGCGUUCGCAGGUCAAGGCUACCAUCUGGGCGCUACUGUGAGCGCGAGUGAAGAGGUUCUCGAUGCUUCUUAUGACCUUUCAGGCAUCGCUGCGGCUGUGGACAUUGUGCACUUGAUCGCCUACAAUUACCAUGGGUCAUGGAACCAAAAGACGGGCCAUGCUGCCCCGCUCUACCCUCGCAACGAUGAGACGGGCGCUGAACGCACCAAGAAUGUCGACUACACAAUAAAGCUGCUGCUGAGUAGAGGGGUGCCUCCUGCAAAGCUAUCGGUGAUGCUGCCGUUCUUUGCCCGCACUUUCUUGCUGAAAGACAUUGAACGCAACAACUUCGGUGACCCUGCCUUUUCUGUUGGGUUCAAAGGACCCUACACCGGGGAGAACGGCUGGAUGGGCUUCAAUGAGAUCUGCGAAAUGUACAAUGAUGAGGCACCAAUUUGGACUGUGAAGCGGCAGGCCGAACAUCGAGUGCCGUACAUGUACAACGAAGAACUAUGGUUCGGCUACGACAACGUGUCUGAAAUUGAGGAGAGGGUGCGGCAUGCGUUGAGCUAUGGUAUCGACGCCAUCGGCAUGUGGACGAUCGACACUGACGACUUUACUGGCAACUGCGGUCAGGGAAAAUACCCUCUGUUGAAUGCCAUCAACAGGAUCCUCAGGUCUCCGGCUGCUUCGCCUCCUGAUGCCACGCCACCACCAUUCUCCCCUCCGGCUAAUACGACUGGCUUACGUUGCUCUAUCUCACCUGAGCGUGACGUCACCAUCGGCAUUAUCGCCUGCGCCGACCGUCAAGAUUUGGGAUGUGCGGAAGGUCACUCAGUACCGCCUGGCACUGUGGUGCUUGCUGUGUGCUGGGAGACUGUGGAGCUGGUGAUGAGAUGUCACGGCGAUGGUGUGUGGCGGCAGUACGGAGAUGCUGAGGACGCUACAGAACGAAAGAUGGCCGUUCUCUGCCAGCCGUACUACCUCAACUCCGAAAUUUGUGGACGCCGGCCGCGGUACCAAAGUUCAGGCUCGUUGCUUUACCUGGACCAGUUCUUCACGCUUCAGAACCGAUGGCCGUGGGUUGCAGGACUGCUACGAGAUAGUAUCUACGUAUGCAGCGCUACGGUCAUUACUCCCGUGUUCCUGCUGACGGCUGCACACUGUGUAACAAGAACUCAAGAGGGCAACCAAGCUAUGGACGUUCGGGACCUCAAGAUUCAACUGUCACGCACCCUCGUCAGAAGGGUGAUCGACAUCCGCCUGCACCCCGAGUAUCAGGCGGGCAAGAGCCCCGUCAACGACAUCGCGCUCAUCCAACUCGAGUUUCCUCUCAAGUUCCACUCGAAGUUGUAUCCUGCGUGUGUUGGCACCUACGAACAAAAUCCUGCAAUUGAUGCAGUUACAUUCAACCGCUCGCACGGCACCGGCAGCUACAAAUACGACCUUCUGCUGCAGCGCAUCGUGCCGGACUGCCGGGGGUCGAGCGAGCGUUGCUCCGCAGACUUCAUCUUGCGGCCCUCACAGUUCUGCGGCGCCAGCAUAGAGAAAAGCGAUGGAGUUCUAAGUGGCGGUUCAUCAGGGGGCCCGUUUAUUCAGAACCUCGUGAGCAGAGAAGUCAUUGAGGCGUGGACAGUGACAGGCGUGACGUCAUACAUGUCAGAGGUUGCCGGAUGCGCGACUCCACGCAUGGUUUUUACUGCAGUCAACGUCUUCAGUAGUUGGAUAACUGAAACUAUCCAAGAACUAUUGUUGUUACUAGACGAAAUAGCUGAGAAUGUUGACGGAUAGAUACGCUCAUUUGCUUUUUACUCUGAAUCAAUAAAAAUCAACAUCAUGAA